ACAGAGAAUGGUGAAUUCUCUCGGCAGUUAGAUGAAAAGGAGUCUUUGAUUUCUCAGCUAAGCAGGGCCAAGCAAGCCUUCACCCAGCAGCUGGAGGAGCUGAAGAGACAUCUGGAGGAAGAGACAAAGGCUAAGAAUGCUCUCGCGCAUGGUCUGCAAUCUUCCCGCCAUGACUGCGACUUGCUCCGGGAACAAUAUGAAGAGGAGCAGGAGGCCAAGGCGGAGCUGCAGCGGGCAUUGUCUAAAGCCAAUGGUGAAGUUGCCCAAUGGAGGACCAAGUAUGAGACAGAUGCCAUCCAGCGCACUGAGGAGCUGGAAGAGGCCAAGAAAAAGCUAGCCCAACGACUACAGGAGGCAGAGGAACAGAUUGAGGCUGUUAAUUCAAAGUGUGCUUCAUUGGAAAAGACAAAACAGAGACUCAAUGGUGAAGUUGAAGAUCUCAUGAUUGACGUGGAGAGGUCGAACUCAGCCUGUGCAGCUCUGGACAAGAAACAGAAGAACUUUGACAAGAUCCUGGCAGAAUGGAAGCAAAAGCACGAUGAAGCUCAGGCAGAACUUGAAUCAGCCCUGAAAGAGUCACGAUCGCUAAGUACAGAGGUCUUCAAAAUAAAGAACGCAUAUGAGGAGUCAUUGGAACAUCUUGAGACCCUCAAGAGAGAAAACAAAAACCUUCAACAGGAGAUUUCUGAUCUCACCGAACAAAUAGCUGAAAGUGGAAAGAGCAUUCAUGAAUUGGAAAAAGCCAAGAAACAACUUGAGCAAGAAAAGAAUGAUCUUCACUCUGCAUUGGAAGAGGCUGAGGCCUCACUGGAACAUGAAGAGGCAAAGAUCCUCCGCAUUCAACUGGAGCUGACCCAAGUGAAAGGUGAGAUUGAUAGAAAGAUUGCUGAGAAGGACGAGGAGAUCGACCAAAUAAAGAGGACCAGCCAGAGGGCUCUAGAAUCCAUGCAGAGCACGCUGGAUUCUGAGAUCCGAAGCAGGAAUGAUGCCCUCAGGUUGAAGAAGAAGAUGGAGGGAGACCUGAAUGAGAUGGAAAUCCAGCUGGGACACGCCAACCGCCAAGCAGCCGAGGCACAGAAACAGCUCAGGAAUGUGCAAGGACAGCUCAAGGAUGCCCAGCUGCACCUGGAUGAUGCUCUCAGAAGCAAUGAAGAUCUGAAGGAACAGGUGGCCAUGGUUGAGCGCAGAAGUAACCUGAUGGCAGCAGAAAUUGAGGAGAUGAGAGCGGCCCUGGAACAGACUGAGCGCGGCCGCAAAGUGGCUGAACAGGAACUUCUCGAUGUUUCUGAGCGUGUGCAGCUGCUACACUCUCAGAACACCAGCCUCAUCAACACAAAGAAGAAGAUGGAGGCGGACAUCUCUCAGCUUCAGACUGAAGUGGAAGAAGCCGUCCAGGAGGCGAGAAAUGCAGAAGAAAAAGCCAAAAAAUCAAUCACUGAUGCGGCCAUGAUGGCGGAGGAGCUGAAGAAGGAGCAGGACACAAGUUCCCAUCUUGAGAGGAUGAAGAAGAACCUGGAUCAGACGGUGAAGGACCUACAGCACCGCCUGGACGAAGCUGAACAGCUGGCGCUGAAGGGUGGCAAGAAGCAGCUCCAGAAACUAGAGGCCAGGGUGCGUGAACUAGAGAACGAGCUUGAGGCAGAGCAGCGGCGUGGAGCAGAAGCUAUUAAGGGGAUGCGGAAGUACGAGCGACGACUCAAGGAGGUCACCUACCAGUCUGAGGAGGACAAGAAGAACGUGAUGCGGCUCCAGGACUUGGUGGACAAGUUGCAGCUGAAGGUGAAGGCCUACAAGAGACAAUCGGAAGAGGCCGAGGAACAGGCCAACACCCACCUGUCUCGAUUCCGAAAGACUCAGCAUGAGCUGGAGGAGGCUUCCGAGCGCGCGGACAUCGCCGAGUCGCAGGUCAACAAACUGCGAGUGAAGAGCCGAGACAUUGGCAAGAAGGUGGAAGAAUGA